AUGACCUGGACACAAAAGACAAUCACUCUGCCCCCCAAGACCAAGGGAUCGUACCUGGUGACCGACGAGAUUGUCAGCCAGGUGCCGGAGAUCAAGAACUACAAGGUCGGCAUGGCCAACUUCUUCAUGCAACACACCUCGGCUGCUCUGACUCUCAACGAGAACUGGGACACAGACGUGCGAGCAGAUAUGACCGAUGCUCUGGCCCGAAUUGCUCCUGAGUCCGAUGUCUACCGACACAGUUGCGAGGGCCCCGAUGACAUGCCUGCUCACAUUCGAUCUUCUCUGGUCGGCGUGUCCAUCAAUGUCCCCAUCAAGGACGGAUAUCUGGCCACCGGAACCUGGCAGGGAAUCUGGUACCUCGAGUUCCGAAAGAUGCGGCAUACCCGAAAGGUUGUUGUGACUCUUCAGGGUGAGGAGCGUAGCUGA